UUUCGUUUGAGCCGGCCGGCGUCUAACCGGAUAGCCGGAUAUGUUGGUUCUUAAAUUUUGACUGAAACUUAGCCCGGCGUCGUGAAAAAAAUGACAAUUACGUGAGAGUAUUAGAUAAAAGAGAGGAGAAAAGGGACGGAGAGUCGAAAAGAGCCUUCGCAGUUUGUCAGUUUACGGUAUUAAAAAUAGUAAUAAAACGCUACGUAGGAAGGGAGCAAGGAUAUAGAAGAAAACUCGAAUCGGUUCCCGGCGCUCCGGCAAAGCUCCGUUCUUAUACCAAAAACAGUGACAAUGUGGUUUAUCCUGAUUUUAAUCCAAGUCUGCAGCUUCUUCCUGGAUCCGACUGAUGCUCAGAGCGGGGAUCCUGGAUUAUCGUUUUCCGUGAGUCCCGGUGAUCACUCAGCGGCUGAAGGAACUCCGGUGAGACUAAGAUGCGAGGUCGACCCGGGGUCUGGGAACGAUAUCGUCUACUCCUGGAGCCUCGAGGGUAAGGAUCUCUCUCCAAGCCCCCGGCGACACCAGGACGGUGGUGACCUCGUCAUUACCAGAGUCGACCGAACCUCGGACAGCGGAAGCUUCGUCUGCAAAGCGACCCACCGCCUCACCGGUCUCUUCAUCGAAAGUUCACCGGCGACAAUCAGCGUUCAAUGGAUAAGCGAAGCUGACGUUCAACUGCAACUACCAAAGUUUCCAAACCUUCUAAAGGCGGGUAUCGAUAUCGAGCUCAAAUGCCACGUUGAAGGAUCGGGAGACAUGCGCUACGAAUGGUUCAAAAACUCGGAACGUGUGUCAAAGUCGGAGCGGAUCGAGAUCAAGAAGAAGAAGCUUCACAUCCAUAAAUCAAGCACCGAUGACAACGGAGUGUACACGUGCCAGGCGCGUAACGAAGUCGGUUCUUCGCCAGUGGGAAAAAAUUUUCCCCUUGUGAUACCGAGUAACGAUACAGCAACGAUAAAGACCGUACCGCAGAAUAUAAUAGCGAAGCGUGGUGAGCCGGCCUUCUUUCAUUGCCAAUACGAAAAUGCCGACACAGUGCAGUGGUUCUUUGACAACAACGGACCCCUUGAAUCUGACGACGAGAAAAUAGUGUACGAAAAUGGUACCCUGGUAAUUCUGGCCGCAGAGCAUCGUGAUCAGGGAAUGUAUUCGUGUCACGGACCGAGAGGCGAAACUUUGCAAGUCUAUUCCGCCGAGUUGCAAAUUGCUUAUCUGAGGAACCUAUCCAUCACAUCGUUCGAACCAGCCUUAUCCAACCAACUGGCUAUAGUGGGCGAACAUCAGGAGCUGCAGAUAAGCUGUUUGGAACCAUCCGGUCUUCCGCGACCUAAAGUAUACUGGAAGAAUCCGGAUGGUCACAUCAUAAGCGAUUCCGGAGUGGUCAGAGUCCAGGAUAACACGCUGAUAAUCAGCAAGGCACGUUUGGACGAAGAUGAUGGAAAUUACACCUGCAUUGCCGAAAAUUUAGCAGGAGAAACGGCGAUGAGUGUUCAGGUCGCCAUAUCCACUCCCCCGAGCCUGGUCUCCUCGCCAGAAUCGAUAACCGUUACGGAAGGAGAUCCAGCAACAUUGUCCUGUUCGUACGUUGGAAUGGAAUCGCCAAUCACGCACGUCCGGUGGCUGAAAGACGGUGAACCACUCCGAGAGAGCGGAGGUCCGGUGAGGCAUCGGGUAUCGGACAGCCGGGGGAACGUAACUCUUUUCUUAAAAAGCGUCGACUUGUCCGACAAGGGUAGCUACAAGUGCGAGAUAUUCACCAAGGGUUUUCCAUUGGUAUUUUCCCAGCAUGCCGAGCUCGCGGUAAAGGAAAAGCUAAAGUUCUCUUCUCUCUAUAACGAACGACUCGAACUCGGCUCGACGAGCAAGGUUUACUGCAAAGCGCACGGCGCCACCGAGCCCACUGUGAAGUGGAUAAAAGAAGGAAAUGGCACUGAGUUCCCCCCGCAUGUUCAAGACAUAAACGGUACCUUGCACUUCAACGGCGUUGUUGAGGACGACAAAGGGAGAUACACGUGUUUGGCGACAAACAGUCAGGGAUCCAUAAAUCACACCAUCACCAUCGACGUUGUCAUUGCUCCCAAGUUCACCGUGCAGCCCCAAAAUCUGACAGAGGCUAUCGAGGGACACUCCGUAAUGAUUGACUGCUCCGCUGAAGGAGAUCCUAAGCCAAAGAUACAGUGGAUGAAAAAUUUGAAAUCUAACGAUUUGGAAAGCCCUCGUUUUCAGGUGCUACAAAAUGGAAGCCUCUACAUCCGAGAGGUGUAUCUCGCAGACGAGGGAAACUACGGUUGUAUCGCCGGAAAUAGCGGGGGACUCAGGACGAAAGAAGUUCAGCUAAUCGUACGACCUGGAGAUGGCUACCGCUCGGAUAUGGACAUGAAUAACGAAGAGGAUGAAUCAAUGAUGGGAAGAACAGUGAUCAUAACGCUGGGCGCAGCAGCAGCGUACAUGGUUUUGGUGGUCGGGUUGAUGCUGUACUGUCGUUACAGGAGAAAGCGCAGGAAGCAGCAAUACCUGCAAGAGCAAGCUGAAGAAAAACUGGAGAACGGAGACGUGCACGAUGAGCAAACGGAGCUGAAAGAAACUAACCACAAAACAUCGUCAGCCAAGAAGAAUGAAAACAGAGAUUCCCAUAGAAGUGACGGUGCGGACACAGCGCAGAGCCAAAGCAGCAACCACUCUAAGAAGUCUAAAUCGAGCUACGACAAGAUCGCGGUAUCCCGGAGCAACCUCAAGGAUCCAAAGCCACUGGGACGCGGGGAGUUCGGCGACGUAUUUCGCUCAAAGUACCAGGUCGAGGGAGAGAAGGAGACCCUGGUGAUGAUAAAGAGCCUGACAAGCACGAAGGACGAGAACGCGUUGCAGGAGUUCAAGCGGGAACUCGAUCUGCUGCACAAACUGAGCCACGAAAACGUCGCUAAGCUCGUUGGCCUGUGCAGAGAAAAAGAACCGCACUACAUGCUCCUCGAGUACACGGACUGGGGUGACCUCAAACAGUUCUUGAUCGCCUCGCGGAAGGACAGCGGUUCCAGCCCGACUCACGACGCGAAAAAGCGGGUCCCCCAGCUCUCGGUUGCCCAGAUAUUGUCCCUCUCCAUCCAGGCAGCAAAGGGACUGAAACACGUCGCGGACAACCGACUUGUUCACAAGGACAUAGCCGCAAGGAACUGCCUGAUAUCGAGCAAUUUUUCUAUCAAGAUAUCGUUCCCUUGCAUGACGAAGGAGCCCUACCAUCAGGAGUACGCGAAACAUCGCAACCGGGUCAUCCCUCUGAGGUGGCUUCCCUACGAGGCGGUUUACGAGGACGAGUACUCGACGAAGAGCGACGUCUACUCGUUCUCCUGCCUAGUGUGGGAGAUGUUCCACCAGGGCGAGCUGCCCUUCAACAAGCUCAACGACGACUCCGUGCUUUCGCAGCUUAAAACUCAGAGACUCGGCUGGAAGGCCCACAAGGCAGCGCCUCCGGCCCUUCAGGAGCUUCAGGCAACCUGCUGGGCCAACGAUCCCAGGGAACGUCCUACUUUCGACGAUGUUGUUAUUAAAUUAGGCGAAAUUGUUGUAGAUAGCUGCCUUUCAACGUAGGCUAUUAUUUUUUUUUUUAUUUAUAUUCCUUUUUUUUUCUUUCAUUUUUAACACAUAUACAUAUUUUUUAUCUUCAUUCUAUCCUUUUCACUUGUAUCUUUUUUCCUAACGGAAAGUAAAUUCUCAAUGAAUAAAAAAAAAAGAAAAAAGAAAAAGAAAUACUGUAACGCGUCCAAUGACCUUCGAUUUGAUACUCAAGAUUUGGAUAAGAUUCUUUGACAGACACGAAAUCGGUCAUCUUUGACAGUCGGUUUGUACUCUCACCGUUUCGAAUCUAAGAUUGAGGAAAAAAAGAUCUUUCCCACUUUGUUUUUUUCUAAACCCUGAUUAACAUCGACACUAGAAUCUAUACGAAUGAAAUCGCUGUGACGGAAUCGACUCUUGCUCAAAGUAAACAUAUCUUCGGAUAUUUGUCUCAAUUAGAAAGCUCUCUUUCAAGAUUAUAAAUUUGUAUUUGAUGAAUUAAUUUUUGAACGAAAAAUUCCGCAAGUGAUUAUACCGGUUACGAAAUGUUCAGCAGAAAAUUUUAUUGUCAACUACCUGUGGCAAGGUCGCGAAAUUGAAAAAUUCGCGUUCCUCUGUGGAUGUGAAAAAAUUUGCACCAACUGACUUCAAUUGGUGGAUGAGUGAUUGGCGCAGUUGCAGUAUUCGAAAUCGUCCAUUAGCUCUCUAAGGAUAAAACAAUAUUUAUAUCCGAUAGUAACUCCGCCCCGUUCAAUACCGAUUUCGCAUAAGCCUACGAACUUUAACCGAUAUAAAAUGCACGAAAACCGUAAUAUUACACCAGUAAUCGAUAGCAUUAAUAAUAAUAACGAUAAUAUCACUCCGAGAAAAGGUUAGAGUAUACCUACAAUACAAUACAAUAUUUUGUAAUCAUCGUCGAAAGUAGGAUUAAUUCUAAGUCUGAUUCAUCUAACAUCGAAUAAUUUUAAACAUAACAAUAUAACGUACUUAUAUUAUACAUACUUGAAUAUGCGGCAGAAUUUUUUUAAACGUUGCAUUAAAAUUAGGCAAGUAACGCCAUCAUAUCAAAUCGGAGAAAAAUACCUAAAUUUACUCAUACGAUUUCUACUAUCCAACUCGACCAAAAAAGGGCCACAGAAUCACAAUCGAUUACAAUUUAACGAUAAAAUGGAUAAAAUAAUUUUACACAGGGAGGAUUAAUGAAAUAAAACAAUUUAAAAAAAAAAAAAAAAUGGCCUUGUACAUAAAAAAAUUAAUCGAAUUUAAACGAAGUUGUAAAUUUUUUAUGUAUAACAUGUACGUCACAUGAAAUAUGUGACUACUAUAGCGCAUGUAUUGAUGCGAUUGCACGAAUUAAUCCAUUCUUUUCAACUCGUAUCCUGACGUAUCGUACGAAUAUGACUAAAAACUGUAACAGAGUAUCCAAAUUUUACACCGGAUACAACUCGAGACUGAAAAUACUCAAACAUUCAUAUUCACGAUGAAAAAUACUUCUGUGGCGUUAUUUCUUUGUAAUUUUCUUUUUUGUUUUUCCAUGCAAGAUACGUACUAUAUAUAAUAAUAAGAAUAAACUUCGAGUGAAAUUUAGGACGAUGAUAAUAAUGAGAGUAAUUUCAAUUGCUUCAAUCAAUUGCUCGGAAAUUUUUAAUAGGAAGUCUGGUUAUGUUAAAAAAAAAAAAAAAAAAAUAAGAAAAAACGCAAAUAUUCCGUUUCCGAUCGAGCAAUGUGCAGUUUCGUGAUCUCUUAAGAGGUCUGAUUCAGUCAGAAGAAAAAAAAAGUUAACUACGGCCAAUGAAAGGAAUCUAAUGCUGCCUGCUAAAGUAAUAAUUAGAAAAAAAAAAAAAUUUUCAAUUUCAUCAAGUUUUUGUAUUUGUGAAUUUUUUUUUUUUAAUUCGAUGACGGUAAUAAAUCUACAAUGGCCUUAUUAGAGGCUAUUUGAGUGUAAAUAAAAUAUAAUUUAUUUCAUAACAUUAAAUAAUAUCGACAUGCUCAUUGGUAAAAAAACCUAUAUAAUUGCGCAUAUACGUUAUAAAUUUUGUGUUGUAUCAAAUACGUACGUACACAGUAUAAAAUCCACCGCAUGAUGAAAAAUAACGAUAACGGUAAUAAUAGUAUUAAAAAUAACGAUAACAAUAAUAAUAAUACUAAUAAUAAUAAUAAUAAUAAUAACAAUAAAGUAAUAAAUAAAUUAGUAUUUACCAUUUAGGUAUUAUGCAUAUAUGUUAUACAUUAUAAAUGUGCUUCAGACACCUGUCUCUGUUGCUGCGGCUUUUGCGACCAGUGUGAAACAUUUUUGAAAGUUAAAUAUUUAUACAACAAAUACAGAACCGCGACAAAUUUUAACGUUGAAUUGUCAACGCAUUUGAAACAGUUAGGUCGUAAGUGCCAUUUUUUAAUACGAAAUCGAACGUGGUUAAACAACAAGUCUUUUUUUAGUCGUUUAAUUUUUGACGUAAUUUUUAUAGACGUAACCUAACCCGAAGCGACACUCGUCAAGAUCGAAUGAACGACGUAAUGUUGAAAUGAAACAAGAUCGUAAUGGAACAGGGAAAGUGCUUCAUAUUUUCAUGGACAACCAACAGCCGAGAAACAAUAAAUAAUUGUCCCGGUUGUAAUUAACGAAUUUGAAAGAAAAAAAAAAAAAAAAAAAAAAAAACAGGGUUGACUUGAUCUUUUUAUACAGAUGGUCUGCAAGAAUGAAUGUACGCUUUGCAGCUUAUUUAUCGAUUACUCAUAUAUUGUAAUAAUCACUCACAUAUUCAUACGCAUAAAUACAUAACUAUAGGCUUACAAACACUGCCAAUAAUAAUAUUCAUGAAUUCAUACGUAUAAUCACAUAUUAAGCUGUCGGAUUAUAUUAAAAUUUAUAUACUGAUAAUAUAAUCACCUGCAUCAUAUAUUCAUCGCUUGAGACCGUGAUGAUUUAGUUUUAUAAUAAUGUGCUUUCUCUGUCAACCCAGAAAAAUAUUCUCAGUUUUUUACUGUGCGUGUGUUAUUGCAAUAUCGUGAUCCGACUGUACUUGUGUGCGA